CUCCAGUUGACGCCACUCACGCUCCAUUGUCUGCUGCUAUUGUCGGUGGAAGCGCUCCAUUCUCUUCUCCCGCUCCGCCGCCCGCUCCUCGUGUUGUCGGCGGAGCCGUUCCUGGAUCUCCGAGCGCUCCUGCAGCUCCAUCUCCCAGAAGCCCUUCCAAUUGUCCAGCUCCCUCGCGUAGGCCUCAAUAGCCUGCUGCCUGUCGAUUACGGGUUCUUGCUGGUAAUAGCGUGACUCGUACGACCCACCCUGACGAACGAACAGACAGACACAAAAUGCGUGACGACCGAAGUAUGUGCCUGGCUGUGACGGUGAGACCCACCUGGGCGCCAUAGGCGUAGCGGCCGUCAUGAAUGUGUCCGCGAUUGGUGCGGCGAUUCAGUGGGAGCUCUCGUGUCUCCUCUCGCACCGCUGACACAGACAGACAGACAGACAGGCGUGUCGACGAUGUGCAAGAGAGUGACAGAGAAGGGCCAUGUGUGUCUCACAUCUCACCACACCCCUCCUCACCUCCAGAGGCCCGGCCCCCACUCAGCAACGAUCCCAAGCCCAAGAACAUGCCGCCGAACAAACCAUCUGAUCCGUUGCUCUGGCGAUUGUACGUGUCGUGGCUGUCCGGUGGCGGCGGAUGGCGGCCCACCAAACUGGCCAUCGCCUCCACCUGCUGGUGGUGGUGGUGGUGUCGCGACACACCACGUGUCCUUUGGGGCCCGAGUGGCGUCUGUGUGGUCAUGAUGCUGCACUGGAUGCCUCGGGACACCACCGGUCUCUUCCUGACAAAGCUGCUGAUGUUGGGAGCGGGAUAGGCCAGACGAGAGGGGUAGUGGCUCUCCGGCUGGCCGCCCACUUCGUCCCUGCUGAGACCUUCGUGGUUGGUCUGGUGCUGCGAGUACUGGGGAAGCCGCCCAUCGUAUCGGUGUGGCCGAGUGCUGGACACCACCGUAGGCGUCGUCCUGUCCAGUGCACACGUAUCGGCUGCCGUACUGCUGCGGCUCCCUCGUCAUCUGCUGCUGGGUCAAUACGGCCAGACGGUCGGUGUCCUGAAGCUUCGUGUCGCGGUUGACAGAGACGGGGAGCCUCAGUGCAAUUGGUCCGUUGAGGAGUUCGACCUGAGCGGUGUCCACCGUCUCAUCGGGCACGUACCUGGGCCCACAGUCUGCCGUCUCCCGGGUUGCCAUGGGAAGAGGCAGCUCGGCCCGCCCCUGCCGGCCACCCCGUUGCAGCUGCAGCUGGUGGGCCACCUGUCGCCUCUGCUCCUCCAGCCUGGCCCGUGACUCUCCCUGCCGCAGGACGCUCUCCUGCCCCUGUCGCCGCUCAGACGCCCUCCGACACUCACGCUGGGCCAUCAUCGCUGAAACUCAGCUCAAAUCUGCAGUAGGAAAGGCUUCAACUUCAAGUUGAACUUGAG